AUGUUGAUUGCUUUCUUUUAUCUUCUAUUGUUUUCUUUUUCUUUUUCCUUCUAUUGUUUUCUCUUUCUUUUUCUCUUUCUUUUUACUUCUAUUCUUAUUUUGCGCGCCUUUUUUUUCAUCCAUUCUUUUUCUUUCUUUCAUGUUUUCUUUUUCUCUAUUCGUUCGUUCCUUCUUCCAUUCUUCUUUCAUUCUUAUUUUCUUUCUUUCUUUCUUUACAGUUUUCUUUCUUUCUUUAUGUCUUUACAGUUUUUUCUUUCUCUCUUUCUUUCUUUAUUUCUUUCUUUCUUUAUGUCUUUACAGUUUUCUUUCUUUCUUUCUUUAUGUCUUUACAGUUUUCUUUCUUUCUUUCUUUAUGUCUUAACAGUUCUUUCUUUCGUUCUUUCUUUCUUUCUUUACAGUUUUCUUUCUUUCUUUCUUUAUGUCUUUACAGAUUUCUUUCUUUCUUUAUUUCUUUCUUUCUUUAUGUGUUUACAGAUUUCUUUCUUCUUUCUUUCUUUAUGUAUUUACUGUUUUCUUUCUUUCUUUUUCUUUCUUUCUUUCUUUCUUUCUUUCUUUCUUUCUUUCUUUCUUUCUUUCCCGUCUGUCUUAUAUUUGUUCAUUCUUUUUCUUUUUUGUUUAGCCUUGUUUAUAUCUUUUUCUUUCUUUCUUUCUUUCUUUCUUUCUUUCUUUCUUUCUUUCUUUCUUUCUUUCUUUCUGUCUUUACAGAUGUCUUUCUUCUUUCUUUCUUUAUGUCUUAACAGUUUUUUCUUUCUCCCUUUCUUUGUUUCUUUAUUUCUUUACAGUUUUCUUUCUUUCUUUCUUUCUUUCUUUCUUUCUUUCUUUAUUUGUUUACAGAUUUCUUUCUUCUUUCUUUCUUUAUGUAUUUACUGUUUUCUUUCUUUCUUUCUUUCUUUCUUUCUUUCUUUCUUUCUUUCUUUCUUUCUUUCUUUCUGUCUUUACAGAUGUCUUUCUUCUUUCUUUCUUUAUGUCUUAACAGUUUUUUCUUUCUCCCUUUCUUUCUUUCUUCCUUUCUUUCUUUCUUUCUUUCUGCCUUUACAGAUGUUUUUCUUCUUUCUUUCUUUAUGUCUUAACAGUUUUUUCUUUCUCCCUUUUUUUCUUUCUUCCUUCCUUUCUUUCUUUCUUUCUUUACAGUUUUCUUUCUUUAUGUCUUUACAGUUUUCUUUCUUUCUCUCUUUCUCUCUCUCUUUCUUUGUUUCUGUCUUUACAGAUUUCUUUCUUUCUUUAUGUCUUAACAGUUUUUUCUUUCUCUCUUUUUUUCUCUCUUUCUUUAUGUCUUUACAGUUUUCAUUCUUUCUCUCUUUCUUUCUCUCUUUCUUUCUUUCUUUCUUUCUUUAUGUCUUUACAGUUUUCUUUCUCUCUCUCUCUUUCUUUCUUUCUUUAUGUCUUUACAGUUUUCUUUUUUCUCUCUCUUUUUCUUUCUUUCUUUCUUUUAUGUCUUUACAGUUUUCUUUCUUUCUUUUGUUACCUCUUCCUUUCUUUUUUUAUGUGUUUUCUUUCUUUCUUUCUUUCUUUUUUUCUUUCUUUCUUUCUUUAUUUCUUUCUUUCUUUUCCUUUUUUCUUUUCUUUUCUUUCUUUCUUUCUUUCUUUUUUUCUUUUUUUUUCUUUCUUUCUUUACCUUAUCGUUUUUUCUUCCUUUCUUUUCUUUUUUCUUUCUUUCUUUUUUUCUUUCUUUCUUUCUUUCUUUAUUUCUUUCUUUCGUUACCUUAUCGUUUUUUCUUCCUUUCUUUUCUUUUUUCUUUCUUUCUUUUUUUCUUUCUUUCUUUCUUUAUUUCUUUCUUUCGUUACCGUUUUUUUUUUGUUUUUCUUUCACGUUCUCUUGAUCUUUCCCUCUCUCUUUCAAUCUUUUUUCCAACGUGUUUUCUUUCUUUCUUUCUUUCUUUCUUUCUUUCUUUCUUUCGUAACCCUUCUAUCUUUGUUUUUCUUUCACGAUUUCUGGUACUUUCCCUCUCUUCUUUCUUUCUUUUUUAUUUCCAGUUUUCCUUUUUUCUUUUCUUUUCUUUCUUUCUUUCUUUCUUUCUUUCUUUUUUUCUUUUUUUUCUUUCUUUCUUUACCGUUUUCUUUGUCGUUUUUCUUUCAUGUUCUCUUGAUCUUUCCCUCUCUCUUUCAAUCUUUUUUCCGACGUGUUUUCUUUCUUUCUUUCUUUCUUUCUUUCUUUCUUUCUUUCUUUCUUUCUUUCUUUCCUCUCGUGAAAGAAAGAAAGAAAGAAGAAAUCUUCUCUAUUUCUUUCUCUUACGUUCUCUUUUCACUUUUCUUUCUUUCAUAUUCACCCUCAUUUUUAUCUUUGUUUUUAUUUGA